AUGGAUUUGUCCACCAGGGACGAAGUGAAAGACGAGCGCGACGGUAGGCGGUCACUUGUCCAGAAUGCCACGGAUACUCUCCUCUUUCCUCUACGCGUCGCGACCUCUCCACCUCUACUACGGACCUACUUGCGCACAUUCCUCCUCGUACUAGCAUCCACAAUCCUCUUCGCUUUCGCCGUGGUCGCAUACACGUCUUUCUACUACUCGUACAUCCCGGUCCGAGGCAUCUCGAUCCCCGUCUACCUGCAGUUCGAUCACGGCACCACGCCUGCAUCUUUCCUCGGUGACUCGAGCAGGAAAUUUGGCCUGGAAGUGCAGAAAUGGCCACACGGGGUUGCGGGAGUGAAGGGACUAGUGAACAGACAGAAGUAUGAUGUGCUUGUCGAGAUGGUUGUACCGAGGAGCAGGACGAAUUUGAGGGCGGGAAACUGGAUGGUGGAACUUUCUCUGCGUGGUCCCUCUACAUCUGCAACCGGGGGCAUAAAGGGCAUGCUGGGCUGGGACGACGACACCGCUGCUGAAUCUGCCUUACCCGACAACACUGCAGCUGCGAUGAGCAAACCGCCCAUUUUAGCACACUCUCGCCGUCCAGCUAUCCUGACCUACAGGAGUUGGCCUACCGAGCACAUAUACCGGCUCCUCCGGCUCCCGCUGUACCUCUCCGGCUUCGGCACCGAGAGCGAAACGCUGCAUGUCAGUAUGCUAGAGAGCGCAUACUUCCCCACUGCCGUACCCUCUUCAUUACGUUUAGAGCUGCGCUCCCGUACGCCACUCGAAGUAUACCGCGCCUCUGUGCACAUCAGCGCGAAGCUGGAGGGACUGAGGUGGAUAAUGUACACAUACAAACUGAGCAGCCUCAUCGUCUUCGUAGCGCUGUUCUGGGGCACAGAAAUGGGCGUGCUGUUAUUGACAUGGGGGGUCGCCACUAUGCUGUUCGGCAGCUCGACGAAGCACGAAGAACAACAGGAAGGACACUCGCGCGUCAAGAAAGAAACCCGCGACGGCGACCAGGCGAGAGACGCGGGCACAGAGUAUAGCGACACGGACCGCACAUUCCCCACCCUGCACGGCCAGCAGCCACUCCGCUACCUCUCGCCCGACAACAAGACGAAACUGAAGGACGAACCGCGCGAUCAAAGACUCGAAGACAUCCCCACAAGAGACGAAGAAGCAGACGACGAAGACGAUGACUUCGUCCUCGAGGAACCGGUGCCCAGGGGCCUCGAGUCACAGGGCGCGUUUACCGAUAGCGGGCUGGGGACUGGUAUGGACAGCGAGCGUGACAGAGAGCGGGAGCGCGUGAGGAGGCGAGGCAGUGUCAGAGGCGGUGUGAGAAUUAAGGAUGAGCGGGAUCUCUAA